UUUUAAAAAAUCUUAAUGAAAGUAGAGGGAAGAAAGAGCCUUCGACCUGAAAAGGGGGAUAAGAAGCCUGUAGAGAAAGAGGUUACCAAACCCCUGAAGUCAGAGACGCAUUCCUCCCUCACCAAAGACGACAAAACCAUCAUGACGACUUCUAUCUUUUUUGUGGCCAUGUUCCUCUUGUUUUGGGAGGGACUGAAGGCCUGUCAGCUCCCCCAGGAUAACUGCCCCUCCGACUCCACAAGGAAGCUCACCCUGUCCAGCCCCGGGGGUGGGGCAGUGUACACCGAGUGUGGGGCUACGAUUGACAAGGCAGCGGCUAAAGAUGCUCCGACGGUCAAAUUUGAACAUGCAAGGGCUGAUGCGGUAUACACUCUGGUGAUGGCGGAUCCUGACGCUCCAUAUAAGGAUAAUCCGACCCAGAAAUACUGGCUCCACUGGCUAGUCACCAAUAUUAAGGGAGAUGAUUUAAUUAAUGGAAAUGUAAGAGGUGAUACUGUAAUGGAAUACAACCCUCCCACUCCCCCGAAGCCCCACCCUGGGAGCAGUAACCCCCACAGGUACAUAUUUUACCUCCUGGAGCAGAGCGGGGACCCGGACACCUCCCUAGUUAACAGUCAGUGGAGGGGGAAGUUCAGACUGGAGGAUUUUAUAUCUGUCAAUGGCUGUAAGAUCGUGGCGUCCUUCCAGUACACAACAAAUUACUGAAGUUACCAUAAAUUUACAAAAUAAAGUUACUUUUUUCUUGUGUUACUAAAUCCCCUGCUUACAAACAGGCUGGGAUAUUAAUAACAUAAGAAGUAAUUUAAUUCUCUAUAUGCAAGUUACAUGUAUUUGUUUUUGAAAAAUGGCUUUAAUAAAUAUGAAUUGUUAA